GCCUAUAAUUCUUAUUUCAUUCUGUUACAAAAGUUUCGAUUAUUCUUUUAAUUUAGGUAAUCUAACUUCAAUAAUUAGUAUUAUUAUUACUAUUUGUAGUUGCAUAUCAUUCGAUAAUUAUUGAUCUGCUUGAAUAUCUGGGCUCUCUGUUAUUGUCAUCUAGAUAUUUCAACAAGUUAUCUAAUUCCUUGUUUACUUCAACAGAUCAUCAUGUCAAUCAGUUGAAUAACCUAUAUCAUGUGCGUUUUUGAAAAGUGUACGACCUUUCGCUGUACAUGUUACAAAAAUUUACCAUUGAAGACAUCGUGAUGGCUGGCAAUAUGCAUUGAAAGAAUGUCGACUUCUGAAAUGCUGAUAACAAACUGAUGAUCACUGAAUAUUUAUCAUCAGGAUCGAUCAAGGAAUAAUAAACGCUGAGGAUUUUAUAUUGUGCAGAAAAUAUAAUAUUGAAUAAAGCUAAUAAUAUUAAUGAAUAACUUUUUUGUAAACUGACCACUUCUACUUAUCGACCUUUUUAGCAAUAGUCAAUAAAUUCAAAAUGUAAUAUCAAUUCAACACAUUAAAUUAUAUCCAUAAUAUCAAUAUCAGAUAUUUGAAAUGAUGUCCACAUCAUCAAUGUCGAAUUGUUUUUUCAUUAGUACACUUCCAGAUUAUCUUCUUGAUCGAAAAGUAAUUAUAAACAAUAGUCAUGUACAUUCUAUAAGUGGAUUUAAACUUGCUAAAGCAAGUACAAUAUUUAAACAUGAACUUAUUAAAUUACGUCAAUUUGAAUUAAUAAAUUAUUAUUAUAGAACAAGAAGAAGAAAAACAAAAACAACAACAACAAUCAUUAAAUCAAAAUAUCAAUUACAACCUAAAAGUUUAUCUGAUUUACAAUUUCAACCACUUAUAAUUAAUUAUACAAAUAUUUAUGCAUUAGAAUGUUUAUUAUCAUUUAUUCAUUGUAAUCAUGAAACUCGUUAUAAUUUAUUAAAUAAUAAUAUUAAAUCAUCUACUAUUAAUUCAUUAUUAGAAGUAGGAUUAUAUUAUGAAACAUUUGAAUUUAUAAAUGAUUGUAUUCAAAUAGUUCAAUAUAAAUUAAAUAUAAAAAAUUGUUUAAAUUAUUGGCUAAAUUCUAAAAAAUUAAUAAAUCAAUUACCAAAUUAUCAAUUGAUCAUUUUAAAUUAUUUAUUAUUUCAUUUUAUUGAAAUUAGUCAAUAUGAAGAAUUUUUAAAUAUAAAUUUUAAUGAAUUUAAAAAAUUAUUAAUAAAUGAUUUAUUAAAUAUUUCAAAUGAAAAAUAUUUAUUUGAUCUUAUAAUAAAAUGGAUUAAUUAUAAAUUAAUAGAAAGACAAUUUUAUAUUUAUGAUUUAUUAGCAUGUUUAAGAUUAGGUAGAUUAUCAAAUGAAUAUUUAAAUGAUAUAUUACAACAUUCAUUAAUACAAAUAAUGUGGAAUUCAUGUCAACAUUUAAUACUUUUAGCACGUUAUUCUAAUAUUGAAUUAAUUUCACAAUUUAAUAAUAAGUUAACUUUUAAAUUAAAAAAUGAAAUUGAAUUAUUCACAUAUCUUCAUAAACCACGUCUUCCUCAUAAUGCAAUUUUUGUUAUUGGUGGAUGGGAAGGAAAUCAACAUGAUUCUUAUUUUGGUCCAUCUAAAAUAAUUCAAGUGUAUAAUUCACGAGCUAACACUUGGCGUCGUAUAGAUUCUAAUAAUUUAACACUUAAUGUAGGUCAUGCUUAUUCUGCUUGUGUUUUGCAUAAAACACAAAUUUACAUUGUAGGUGGUUAUCUGCCUAGUGGACCAACUCAAACUCUUAAAGUUUUUGAAUUAACCAAUCAUACAUGGAAGAUUUUAUCACCAAUGCAUGAGAAAAGAAAUUAUGUGUGUGCAUGUAGUUUAAACAAUUAUAUAUAUGCUAUCGGUGGACAUAAUGGGAAAUUUCGACUGAGCUCAGUUGAACGGUAUGAUAUAGAACAAAAGCAGUGGUUUUUUGUUUCACCAAUGCAUCAAGUUCGUAGUGACGCUGGAGCUCAUUCAUUUUCAGGGUUUAUAUAUGUUGUCGGAGGUUUUGAUGGUGAGCAUUUUCAUAAUUCUGUAGAGAUGUAUGAUCCCCGUACAGAUCAAUGGUCAAUAGUAGCUCCAAUGAAUAGUAUUCGAAGUGGUGUUAGUGUUAUUGUAUAUGGUCAAUAUUUGUAUUCCAUCGGUGGAAACGAUGGACAUCAAAGACUACGAACAGUAGAACGAUAUAAUCCGGAUACAAAUCGAUGGCAAAUGAUGCCUUCAAUGAUGCAUAAAAGAAGUAAUUGUUGUGUUACUACAUUAGACGACAUGAUAUAUGUCAUCGGAGGUUGGAGUGAUGCAACCAAUUCAACAAUCUCUUCAGUUGAACGAUGGUCUCCGAAUUCUUCUGGUCUUUGGGAACCCGCAAGAGAAUUACACAUCCCAACAAGUGGGAAUUGUUGUUGCACUGUGACUGGGAUAAAUUUAUUAUUAAACUUCAUAUGAAAGUAAACAGAGUAUAAAUAAUAAAUUUGCAAUAUCCCAACGAGUAGAAAAUCAUUUUUUCUGAAGUUUCGUGGCUUAGUAAAAGAAGAGUGAAAUAAUAAAUAUUGUAUUUAAUGUGAACACAAAUGGGGCAAUCGAAUGCAUUUGAACACAAAAUUACAGGAGCACUUAGUAAAAUCUGAGACCCAUACAGUAAAAAAUUCAUUUGCAAAACACCAUUCACCAGUUUCAGAAUUCAUUGUUCCUUCAUCUCCACAUGAAUUAUUCUCUGUUUACGUUCUCUUUCCUUCGAUCUUCUUAAUCUUCUCCUGCUGGGUAUUUCACUUUCAAUUGAUGAUACAUACUACUUAUAUCUAUCGACGUCAGUAGCUCACACCUCAAUAUCUUUGCCAGUUAGUGUGAAAUAAGCCUUCUGGAAUUGAAGAAGGCUAAUUUCAACAUGUUAUUCAAGUCACUGUAUUUCACUUAACAAACAUAAUGAGACUUUGAUACUACUGAAAACAAAAGAAUUACAUCUGGUAUAAAAAUGCAGAAACAACAGUGACUAAUGUAUCCAAUUUAGCUUUAAUUUUUAAAAUGAUGUUCAAUUAAAAUUACUGAGUAGGUCUGUCAACAAAGAACAGCUCGAUGGUUACUAAAAUUUAAGCAGCUGGGUUGUCUGUCUACAACAGUUCUUUACCAUUUUCAAAAAGAUACCUCAACUUCUUAUUUCACGAACAUGAGAACUAAGAUAAUAAUAUUGUUCUGUGUGUUACUGAUGUCAACAGAUAUAAGUAGUUCGUACCAUCAAUGGAAAGUGAGAUGCACGGAGACAGGAAGUUAAGGAGAUCGAAGAGAAGAGGAUGAAAUCAGAGUGACUGGUGCGAAAAAGAAGGAUCAAUAAAGUUUGAAAUAACUGACAGACAUUUUGGAAAAAAAUUAUUUAAUACACGGUUCUCAAACAUAUUAAGUUAUUUUGUAAUUUCAUUUUUUGAAUACAGCAUUACAUAAGAUAUAUGACGCACGAAGGGCUACUAGAAAAAUAUCAAACAUCGUAAUUUGUGCAAACUUGAAAUGAUUGACCACAUUAUUGUUCUGAUUAUGGAUUAACAAACAUGCCACCAAUUUCGUGUACGUUUCAGGCACUGUCAAAUUUACAUAUCAACAGGUUAUCAACAUCUUGGAUAUUUUUCAGGGAAACUCUGCUCCACACUUUUUAUAAUGACUGAAUCACUUGCAUAGUACACAUUUGAAACUAUAUUAUUCGAAAAGUCAUGAAAUCAUCAUGAUAAGAAUGUAGAUCACCGACGUAGAUGAUCUAUGUCAAAAUGAUUGGAGGCCAACUCGAGUUAGACGUGAAGCUAACGUCGAAGUCACACCUCGCGGUCAGCACCUUACGUGGACUACCCCAUCGACGUAUCAAAACCAUAGAUGGUUUGAAGACUGUACAACAGAAAGGAUGUUGUAGGGCCAGCGAAAUGUCACUAAGCCCUAGCCAAAUCAUCCGGCAGUCGGGUCGUUGAAUAUCGAGCGAAUGAUCUAUCCUCGUCAAGAUCAAGGGCGACCAACGCGUAUCAGUUAAUCGUAUACCAUGGACUGGCCCAUGUGGCAGUGGUCUUACUUUCGAUUGUAUCUACUUCAACUAAUAUAUUUCUGUAAUAAUGUCGUACUGAAUAUGUCACUUGACGCCAGGUAAUGAGCUCUUUGUAUAAGCCUUUUACGAAUUGGCCACGUUACCUGAACCCUCUAAACUUUAGUUACAUUGGUGGUUACCAAUUUAAUUCAUGUUUAUUAUACUCCUUGUAUUUGCUAUUAUUUCACACGGUAAAUCAUGGCUCGACUUCCUUAUUACACGACAGUCAUUUUAACUCCAUUUUCGGUUUGUGAUCUAAAAUGUCAUUACAGAAAUAUGUUAGGUAACGCAGAUACAACGAAGGUAACACUACAACCGCAUGAGCGCGCGAUUAACUGAUGCGCGCUGGUUGUCCUUGACCCUGAC